CCUCCCUCCUCCUCCCUCCUCCCUCCGGCCCUGUGUGGGUCAGACAGGAACAAUAUGGCGCCGGGAGGAGCGUUAGCUUCUCGACCAGUCGUUGUCUGAUAGACUGGCGAUCCGUCAGGAUGAACCUCUGCGCCCAGUACCUACGACAGGCAGAGGCCCUGAAGGCUGACAUGACAGAUUCGAAGCUGGGGGCGGCAGAGGUGUGGACGUCUCGGCAGGCCCUGCAGGAUCUGUACCAGAAGAUGCUGGUGACCGACCUGGAGUACGCUCUGGACAAGAAGGUGGAGCAAGACCUGUGGAAUCAUGCUUUUAAGAACCAGAUCACCACACUGCAGAGCCAGGCCAAGAACCGAGCCAACCCCAACCGCAGCGAGGUCCAGGCCAACCUGUCGCUGUUUCUGGAAGCGGCGAGCGGUUUCUACACACAGUUACUGCAGGAGCUGUGCACGGUGUUUAACGUUGACCUGCCUUCUCGCGUCAAGUCGUCUCAGCUCGGCAUCAUCAGCAAUAAGCAGAGCAGCGGCAGCGCCAUCGUCACCCCGCAGCCCAGCUCCUGCUCCUACAUCUGCCAGCACUGCCUCGUCCACCUCGGAGACAUAGCACGUUACCGUAACCAGACCAGCCAGGCGGAGUCUUACUACCGACAUGCGGCUCAGCUGGUCCCGUCAAACGGUCAGCCGUACAACCAGCUGGCCAUCCUGGCGUCCUCUAAAGGAGACCACCUCACCACCAUCUUCUACUACUGCCGCAGCAUCGCGGUCAAGUUCCCGUUCCCAGCAGCCUCCACCAACCUGCAGAAGGCCCUGUCCAAGGCUCUGGAGAGCCGCGACGAGGUGAAAACCAAGUGGAGCGUGUCGGAUUUCAUCAAGGCCUUCAUCAAGUUUCACGGCCACGUGUACCUGAGUAAGAGUCUGGACAAACUGGAUAGUCUGAGGGAGAAACUGGAGGAGCAGUUUCAGAGGCUGAUGUUGCAGAAAGCCUUCAGCUCUCAGCAGCUGGUCCACAUCACCGUCAUCAACCUGUUUGAGCUCCACCACCUCAGAGACCUGACGGCUGACGGCGGCGAGCAGAGCUACAGCAGCGAGCAGCAGAUCAGCUGGUUCCAGCUGCUCGGACUCUUCAUGUCCUUCCUGGGUGUCAUGUGCAGCCGCGCUCUGCUCAACAAGAGCCGAGGGGAGGAGAUCAUGGGGGAGUGUCCUCUGCCGGCCAUCAAAGUGUCUCUGGAGUGGCUCAAACUGAGGCCCAGCGUCUUCCACGAGGCCGCUGUGGACAAGAGGCAGUAUAUCUGGCCCUGGCUGGUCUCCAUCCUCAACAGUUUCCAGCCCAAAGAGGACGACGUGUCGGGUUCCUCAGUGACGCCCCUGCCAGAGGAGUUUGAGUUGCAGGGUUUCUUGGCGCUCCGCCCGGCUCUGAGGUCCCUGGACUUCACUAAAGGUCAUCAGGGCAUCCUGGUGGACCGGGACGGCCUGCCGGUUCACACUCGACACCAGAGACUCAUCAGUCUGGGCAAAUGGGUGGCCGACAACCAGCCGGGACUGAUCCAGUGCAGAGCGAGCGAGGACGGCCUCCUCGUCUUCAUCACCGACAUUCCGGAGCGGGACAUCGAGGAGCCGCAGGAGAAGGACGCGCCGGUGCUGCAGGAGUCGUCCAACGGCGAGCAGACGCCCAACGACGGCGGAAACUCCGGGCUGAAGUCGGUGCUGUCUGCCGGGAAGACGCAGAGCUCGUGGCCCGACGGCAGCGACCGGCCCGUCGUCACCUUCAAGGAGAACAUCAAGCCCCGAGAGCAGGGCCGCGAGGCGACACGAAACCAUCACCUGAAAGACAGCGGCAAGGAGCGCCGGGACUUCGCCAAAGGCAACGGGGCUGCUGGGAAAGCAGAGCUGAAGAGGGACGGGAAGAGGAAGAGCGAGCUGAAAAAAGCCGGUCACGAGAAAACCACGGACGCCGGGAAACAGGUGAAGGCGCAGACGGAGCUGAGGAAGACUCCGGUGUCCGAGGCCAAGAAGACGCCUGUCACUCAAACUCAAACCACCUGCUCCAACCAGUUCAUCCCCAUCCAUCAUCCUGGAGCCUUCCCACCCCUGCCCAGCAGACCAGGUUUCCCCCCCUCGGCCUACGUGAUCCCUCCUCCGGUGGGCUUCCCGGGGCUUCAGGUGAAUCCAGGCUUCACCUUCUCCACUGGGGUGUCGGUCCCGUCCUUCCUUCAGCCGGGCGUGCACACCCAGGCCGGCACCCAGGGCGGGAAGCCGUCCCACAUUCCCUACAGUCAGCAGAGGCCCUCUGGUCCCGGUCCGGGUCAAGGGCCGGGGUCCUCGGGCCCGGGCCCUAUGAACCAGGGCCCCUCCCAGGGUCAGCAGCCCCAGACGCCCUCCCAGCAGGCCUUGCAGCAGUCGGUCCAGCUGCAGGUGCAGGCGAUGAGCCAGCAGCAGCAGCAGUCUCCCACCAAACCGGUCCAGCAGGUCGGGAUGGGGAAGAGUCCACCUCACCACCCGGGGAUGCAGCAGUACAUGCAGGUCCAGGAUCAGCCGGCACAGAUGUGGAACCAGGCUCAGGCCGCUCUGCAGAAGAUUUCUCCCAUGCAGAUGUCCAUGAAGCAGCCUCAGCAGCAGCAGCAGCAGCAGCAGCAGCAGCAGCAGCAGGCCUUUUACAUGGCGGCUCAGGAUCCCCUCAAGCUGUACGAGCACCAGCUGCAGCCGCCCAACAUGGACAAGAAGAUCAAGUACCCCAACAUGCAGGAUUUCUACUGGGAGCCGUCCUACCGGAUAGGGGACGGUCUGGCUGUGAUGGCGGACAGGAUAAAGAGGCCUCCGCCUGGUGGGAUCUGCUCUGAGCAGGACCCGUCCGCCGGGCCCCGGGGACCCCCGUUUGAGGACAACAAGAGCUCGCCUCUUCUACCUCCUGACCUGUUAAAAACUCUAGCAGAUUUUGAGGAGGAGGAAGAGCUGGUCUUUACUAAGCCUCCUGAUUUCUUCCAGGCCUUGGCUGGUCCUCUUAGCACUGCUCCUGGACCAAACAUAUUUGUAUGUAGCCGUGUCUUCUGCCUCCAUCACCCCCCACCCUGA